AUGAAAAAUAACUUUGACUGUAUCCCGGUCAUUGAAAACAAAUAUGAGAUACAAAAAGAUGAUGACUACGCCGACGUGGUCGCUGUAGUAAUUUUGGAGUGUUUUUUUUAUUUGGCAGGCAUCAAUGAAAAGAGUCCAAGCUCCGGAGAAACCAAUCUUCUAGAUUUAGAGAUCGACGGACUCAAACAGCAUAUUGACAACAGUAUCAAACGUCAUAUGGAUAUUAGAUCGGACAUCAGAAAGGAGGUUGACAUGUUGAGACAAGAAAACAUGGAUUUUGCUGCAAUGCUCCACAGAACUGAUGAGACAUUCUAUUUACACCAGGAUAUAUUUGAAGAAGUCAACAGACUGAGGUCGAUGAAUGUGAGACUAAAGGCUAUGUUGUGUUUAGAUGGUGUGAAAUCAAUAGAGGCAUUUGGCGUUAGGACAGCAUCAAGAACUUACCCAAAAUAUGUUCAACCACGCUUGAGUCACGCCUCUCCAAUCACUCCACAGACCAAUAAACAUGAUAUCUGCACAAACAGGACAGGUGAAUCGAGUCAUUUGUUUGAGAGAAUCGAUAAACUGGAAUCAGAAAUGAAGAAUUUCCUGAGCGAAAACCUUUUGCAUGAGAGAAAAGAAACCCAUCAACCGAAACAUGUUUUGGAUGUUGGAAUGCGAGGCUCAGUGGAAAGUACAACAAACAGCAUAAGGAAUCUUCCAAUGGAUGACAAUAAUACUAUCAAACCAAGAACAGUCGUCAACACUAAAGACAAACAGGGAUUUGAUCGAAUGACAGAUUGUGAUGCAGAUAAAAGAACGAAAGUCCAUCAGUGCAAAUGUCAAACAAUACACCAUGAAAUCAAAAGUGACGAACCUGUUGAUGGACCUCAUACAUAUUCCACUUUCUGGAUAAAAAAUCCAAAUCUCUUAUGUGAUAAAAUGAAUACUGGCAUGAACUUUGUGAGGUCAACAGCUGAAAGCGCCUCACCCGAUGACAGAAAUAUCAACAUGAAUUCAUCCAGAUCAGAUGACAGAAGUGGGAAUACAGUGAUUGUAAGCUCAUCCAGACCGAAUUGCGAAAGUGUCGUUCAUGAAGACAUGAAGACCAACACGAAUGAUUCAAAGUCAAAGAUAGAUCAUGUCUUACAUGGCAACAGAAAUAUCACUGUAAACUCCCCAAGAAAAUUGGAAAGUAUGCUCAUCCUGGUACAUCCGAAGAGGUCAGAAUCCGGAACAAUGAUUGGGUUUGAUGUAGCAGAGAAUUUUGAAAACACAGCCAAAGAUAAGAAUAAACCAUUUCAUCACCAGGUGAAAUCUACUUACUGUGAGCCAACCCAGCCGUCUUUUCAUAUGGAAGUAUCGGAUUUGGUACCCAGCUCUGUUGGUGCACAUAUCUCUGUUGAAGAUUUAGAGAUCCGAGAUAUCUACAAGGAUGCUUCAAAUGAUACAGAAAAUUCCAUAACACCAGAAAGGACACUCAAAUUCUCAACACCUUACAAAGUGGUGUCUACAAGGCACAUCAGACCAAGAGAGGUUCCACGGUUGAACAUGGGGGACUUGGUAUCGGUAUCGGAUGUCAAUAUUGCCCAAGUAACUGAGGAAACCAUUGAAGAUCUUCUGUAUGAUCCAGACUGCAGUGUAUCAUACAUAGACAUCAGUGAUGGCAGUGGAUGUAAAGAUUCACAAACAAAUCCUGCCGAAAAUUUUGUUCGCUGCGAAUCAACAGACAAUGCGCCAGCAGAUCCCGAACUAGAAGUAUUGCCCAAUGAUUUGCCAACAGGAAAUUGUGCUUUAGACAACACUAGCACAACAUAUGAAAAAGCUACGUGGAAUGAUACACCUAUUGCAAAUAGCAAGCAUUCUUCACCAGCCUGUGAAAAUAGACUGCAGGCCGAUGCGCACCAGUUGAACUGGCACAAUGUGAAUGCAUAUACGUCACAUACUGGUGAGAACUUAGUACCAAAUAUGCCAACUGAAGGCGAGGAAGACAGAUAUGCCCAUUAUUUGGAGUUGUGCAACACCACAAUGAAGUUGACAAGUAUAAUCCAGGAUAUGUGUGCCAACAAGUCUAUUCAACGAACCGAUCAAGAAUUCUUACAACAUUUGAAUCAGAACGAAGAGUUGUACACAGCAAAGUUGGGGAUCAGUAGUGAAAAUGUUGUUGCGGUUGAAUCAGACCCUGAUGUCGUCCAGUUAGACAAAAACAACUUCCCCUGGUUAUUUCCUCAUGUUGAAGAGAGAGAAAACUGUGAAACAAACGACGAAGAAGAUGCUAUCGACAAAGAAAGAAGCACCCUGCAUGUGACAGUACCAUAUUGCACGAUGGAUAGUGCACGCUCAGACGUGUCCUGUGCAGAUCUAAAUGUAGACAAGGAAUCACCAAAUCUAGGAUCUACUAGGAGAGAACACUAUCCAAAGGUCUGCUUAAUAACUCCCGAGUCUCCGAGAGUCUGUAUGGAGGAAACAUUCACCACUGGAACAGAAACGUGGAAUGAUGUUAUUGACACCGAUCAAUUGAUUGUGCCAAGCGAACUCUCGUUGUCUUGCAAAAGACGACAGUCGUUGUCCAUCUCUCUGUCGGAAUCACACGAAGAUGUUGUCAGACUGCUUAACUGGACCAAUGAGGCAACUGCUACAGAUUCGUCGGAAGAGAAAUAUAAUCAAUAUUCAUCUCCGCAAAAUCAAAGAUCAAACCCAUGGUUCAAGGUUGAAUACAAUCUAGACGAUGGCGAACAAACUGACUCCUAUUUUAGCGACGAAAGUCCUAGGUCUGGCUAUGAGGCGGAUUCUGACAUUUCUUGUAUAGACUUGAGAGAGGAAGUCAAAAGCGUACGUUUUGCAGAGGAAGGACAUGUUGUGAAAGAGUUCCUGAGAUAUUCCAGCGAUGAGACAGAUAUAUCGCAGAGUCCCCGUUUCUCUACUUCCGUUACAUCGUCUGAUGAGAUCACUUACUUCACCGAUUCAGAAGAGACAAACAGUUCAUAUAUUACAGCCAGUGAAGACGAUUCUGUAACUGAUGGUCUGGACUCUCCGGAUAGCUUAGUCGGAUAUGCACGAAGGAACCAAAUGUGGGAAGAGAACUUCGUCGUAAACUACAUGAACAAAACCCUCAUGGAGCAGGAAAAUAAUGAACAAAUUAGACUUUUGGUUGACCAGGCUAAUGAAGACAUUGCCAAAAUACAUGCAAUUCGGAUCCCUAUUCUACUCGCGAAGGAAGAUGAAUAUGAAUUUAACGGUAUGGGAGACGAGUCUGAAUUGGUCACUGAGACCGUGGACAGCGCCAGGUCAGAUGUGUCAUGCAUCGAGUUGAGCAAAGAAGUGCAGACUUUCAGUGAACUUAUGGAAGGCCAUGCUGUCAAAGAGUUUAUGGUAGAUGUGGAAACCAACAAGGAAAUAAUAGACAUCAGCGGUGAUGAAGGAGAAUCACAGCGGUGGGCAGUACCAACCACACACAAGACAUACGAAUUGGCGGCAUCGGGAUCCUCGUCGUCUGACGAUCAGGUCGUUCUAUCUGACAUCGAGAAUGGCGAUGAUUGGAGCGAUGUUACUGGCAACGAUGUCUCGUCUGUCAAAGCAUUUUCUGACAUCGACCCACGUGACUUUGAUAAAGAAGAUCCGGGAUCGUCUAUGAUAAAGAAGGACGGGACUGUACAAGAUGAUGUAAAGAUUUUAUCUACCAUCUACACUGUCCCCCGAUCUGAUGAUGAAAAGGUAGAUAGGGAUAUCGACCUGGCUAUAUCUGUUGUCCCCAGUUUAUCUGAUCUCCAGAAACAAGGACCACGGGUCAGCCUUGAGAUGUUACGUAAAUUAAACUCGAAGCUGGAAAAUGUAAAACAAGGUUUGUUAGAGUCGAGCAAGAUGUCGAAGUGGUUAGCACCAUAGGAGGCAGUGUACAUAACAAAGUUAUUCUUCGUGGUGGUCAAAACACCAGUAUCACAGAACCGGCCACCUCCAAGACGAUGCAAUGAAAAAUGAAUCGUUUCCACCUCUGAAAAUCAUUAACAAAACUGAAAAAAAAAGUAAUUUAUAAGAAAUCUAUCAAUUAACGAUUGUUCUUUAUUUCUUUAUAUUAUAAGUUUGUGAUUAAAUAAAGUCUU